AUGUUGAGAACUAGACUAAAACCAAAUAGGGCCAUGAGUCGAAUUGUGAGGAGGUAUGCAUCCUCGGACACAAUAUCUUCCAAUCAUAAGAAGUACCCUGUUGGUCUAAAAAUGCAUGGCUACGAAGUGACUCAAACAUCACCCAUCCCAGAGUUUUCUAUCACUGCAGUGUCAUUAAAACAUACGGAGACUGGUGCGACCCACUUACAUUUAGAUUCCCCUAAUGACAGUAACAACGUAUUUCUGAUUGCCUUCAAAACGAAUCCUCCAGAUAAUACUGGUGUUCCGCAUAUUUUAGAACAUACAACCUUAUGUGGCAGUAAAAAGUAUCCGGUUCGUGAUCCAUUUUUUAAAAUGACUAAUAGAUCGUUGAGUAAUUUUAUGAAUGCAAUGACCGGUCAUGACUACACAUUUUAUCCAUUUGCCACCACUAAUUCAAAGGAUUUUGAAAAUCUUAUGGACGUUUAUUUGUCCUCAGUGUUUGAACCACAAUUGAACCAUACCGAUUUUUUACAGGAAGGAUGGAGAAUAGAGAAUCAAAAUGUUCACGACAUCUCAUCCAAGCUUGAAUUUAAAGGAGUUGUAUAUAAUGAAAUGAAGGGUCAGUAUUCCAACUCGGCUUAUUAUUUUUACAUUAAAUUCCUUGAGGCUAUAUACCCAUCCUUAAAUAACUCAGGCGGUGAUCCCAAGAAAAUUGUGGAUUUGCUGUACGAGGAUUUAAUACAGUUUCACCUGAAGAAUUAUCAUCCAUCAAAUGCAAAAACGUUUACUUAUGGCAAAUUACCUUUGGAAGAUAGUUUAAGUAAAAUAAGCAAAUACUAUGAGUCUUUCGAAGAAAAAGUAUCUUCAGUAGAUAUCAAGCAACCUAUAUUUUCUACAGAUAGCUCAGAAAUCUUUGAUGUGACUAUCCCAGGUCCGGUUGAUACAAUGAAUGGUAAAGAUAUCUCAGAACAGUACUGCACAUCUAUCACCUGGAACUUGGGUAAUCCAUUGGAUCCAAAUAUGCAAUAUGAUAUUUUUAAAUGGAAAGUAUUGAGCUCCUUAUUGUUUGACGGACACAAUUCUCCUUUCUAUCAAGAGUUAAUUGAAAGUGGUUACGGUGAUGAUUUCUCUGCAAAUACUGGGUUGGAUUCAACGACCGCUUUAUUAUCAUUUACUGUUGGUCUCAACUGUUUAACCAAACAAAAGGUUGAUGGUUUUAAUGAAAAAGUUAUGGAAAUCAUCAAUACUAAAAUUAUUCCCGAAUUAAAUGACGAAGAGUCGUCUUCGUAUCAUGGUAGAAUUGAUGCUAUAUUGCAUCAAAUAGAAAUAGGAUUCAAAAGACACAAGCCCGAUUUUGGAUUUGGGUUAUUAAGUUCUAUUGUUCCCUCGUGGGUGAAUGGAGUUGAUCCAAUCAAUUCCUUGCAAGUGGAAAAAAUAUUGACGCAUUUUAAAGAAGAUUAUAGACAAAAUAGAUUAAGGAUUUUCAAAGAAUUAUUAGAAAAAACAUUGUGUAACUCACACUCACAAAAAUUCAAAUUCACCAUGGAACCGAGAGAGGAUUUUACCAAACAAUUGGUAAAAGAUGAGAAUUUGAUGGUGGAGAAAAGAGAAAGGGAACUCACAGCAGAUAGCAAGAAAGCAAUUUAUGAGCGAAACUUGGAAUUAGCUAAAUUGCAAUUGGAGGAUCAAAAUGCAGAUGUUUUACCCACAUUGACCAUUGACGACAUUCCAAAGAGAGGCGACUUUUAUGCAGUUGAUUUGGGCCAGGCAAAUAAUAAAGUUGUACAUGAAAGAGUAGUUGACACCAAUGGUUUAGUUUAUGCAAAUGCUUUAAAGGAUAUUUCGUACUUGCCCAUCAGACUUUACAAGUACCUUCCAUUGUUUAACAACUGUUUGACAAACCUUGCUGGAACCGAAAACACUCCCAUCACCGAGUUGGAGACCAAAAUACAGAUGCUAACUGGUGGGAUAACGUUCAGCUCGAAAAUAUCGACAGAUCCCUAUAAUAUUGAACAAUUGAAAAUGCAGUAUGUGUUAAGUGGAAUGGCGUUGAAAGAAAAGUCAUCCUCAAUUUAUGAUUUAUGGUUAGAGAUUCUAACCACCACCAAGUUUGACAAUAGUGAUGAAGUUUUAGAAAAGUUGACUGUUUUGAUUAAAAACAUGGGUCAAAAUCAAAUUAAUAACAUUGCUGAUCGCGGUCAUUCUUAUGCCGCCGCCGUAAGCUCACUGAAAUUAACACCACUGAAAUACAUCAGCGACAUCAUUUCAGGCUUGGGCCAAGUCAAAUUUGUGAUGGAUUUGAAUUCCAAAUUAGAAUCAAGGGGGAAAGAGUACUUGGUCAAAGAAAUUAUUCCGAUAUUGCAAGAAAUACAAAAGUAUGUGUUGCAAGGUGAAUUUAGGUAUAGAUUAGUUGGAAAUCAGGACACUAUCGAUGCAAACGAAAAGCUUAUUGAGAAGUUUGAUAAGGAUAUUUCUUCACAUAGCUCAUCCUUAUCCUCAACUGUGACUGAUGGUUUACACCCAUUAUUGAAUUCGUUCAAUUACAAUCAUGCAAGUGAGAAUGUCUUGGUUAACUUACCGUUUCAAGUGGGUUACUCUUCUCUAGCUAAGAUUGGCUCUCCCUAUUCUUCAAAGGAUGGUGCUUCUUUACAAAUAUUAGCUCAGUUGUAUUCUUUUAAGAAUUUGCAUUCCAAAAUAAGAGAAAGCAAUGGUGCAUAUGGAGGUGGCUUGACAUAUGACGGAUUAAAUGGGACUUUAAACUUUUACUCGUAUCGUGAUCCUUAUCCAGUUAAAUCGAUUCAAACUUUUAGGGAUUCUUUACUGUAUGGACUUGAUGCUAAUUGGACAGAUAAAGAUUUGCAAGAAGCUAAGUUGAGGGUUUUCCAGAGUAUUGAUGCUCCGAUCAAUAUUUCUUCUCAGGGUGCAAGUGCGUUUUUUGAAAAUAUAGAUGAUUAUUUGAGACAGGAAAGAAGAGAAAACUUUUUGGAUACGACGGUUAAGGAUCUCAAAUAUGUGACUGAAAAGUAUCUUGUUACUAACAAAGCUAAUCUUGUUACAGUAAUUGGUGACAAUGAAAUUUUGAAUGUGGAUGAUAAGUGGAAAAUUAGAAAUUUGCAAGUAUAG